CAAGCAAAUUGUAGAAGUUAAGCAACUACUCAACACACAUUAGAAAAAUGGAGAUGGAGAAGUUGGAGAAAGAAAUGAAGCAAUCAAAGUUUAAGAAAAUUUGUGUGUUUUGUGGGAGUAGUCCUGGCAAGAAGAGUGGCUAUAAAGAGGCUGCAGUUGAGCUUGGGAAAGAACUUGUAUCAAGAAAUAUAGACUUAGUUUAUGGAGGAGGAAGUAUUGGCUUGAUGGGAUUGGUCUCUCAAGCAGUUUACAGUGGUGGUCGUCAUGUCCUUGGAGUGAUUCCAAGGACACUCAUGCCUAGAGAGAUAACUGGUGAAACAGUAGGAGAGGUAAAAGCAGUUGCAGAUAUGCACCAGAGGAAAGCAGAGAUGGCCAAACAUUCUGAUGCUUUUAUAGCUUUACCUGGUUUGUUUUCAUUAUCCUUUCCAAGAUUCUUGGCCAUCUCUACGGACCCUACUUGUCGGAUUAUACUGAGUGGAUAUGGAACUCUAGAAGAGCUUCUUGAAGUCAUUGCUUGGUCUCAACUUGGAAUUCAUGACAAACCAGUAGGACUAUUGAAUGUUGAUGGUUACUAUAAUUCCCUUUUAGCCUUCAUAGACAAAGCAGUGGAGGAAGGUUUCAUCUGCCCUAACGCGCGCCAAAUCUUUGUAUCCGCGCCUACUGCUAAGGAACUUAUGAAUAAACUUGAGGACUACUUUCCUAGUGAAGAAAAUGUUGCAUCAAAACUUAAUUGGGAAAAAGAGGAGAUAGAAGAGUAUAUUCCUCCACCAAAUGGAAGAUGCCAUCAAGCUAGUUUAACAUAAAUGUUAAAAGAAGAUCAAAGUUUAGGAGGAGAAAUUAAAAUCAGCAGUUUAUAAUAUAUAGUAAUUUAGACUGCAGAAACAAGUGCUCAAACAAUAUUAUUUCUCUGUUUGAGGAUUUUCAAUUGACAUUGAUCAUGGAAUAGGGAUAGUGUCAAUUCUCUUUUAUUUAUGCAAAUUGUGUUAGUACUUCUCCAUUUCUAUUAUUUGUCUACGGAUUCAACAGAAUUCAAUAGUUUUGACUCAAA